AUGACGCUAUCAGGUAGCGAAGAUGAAUUUUUCAACAUUUUGCGUAUAAUAGUUUCUUGGAUUUUGUUUAGUUUUAUUAUUGACUUCCCAGUCGAUAAUAAAGAUGGGGAUAUUGCUUUACGUAUAGUCGGGGACGUGCAUGGAAAUUUAGUGUCGCGCUUGUCCCGAAGAAAGCACGAAUGGAGCGAGCGCGAAACUUUAUCAAAAUCGCGCUAUAAGUUGGCACCAGGGAAAAAUUUCAUGAUAGAGGUCUUAACGUUAGAAGACAAUUUUAAAGUUGCCGUUAAUGGUUUUCAUACUUCAAGUUUUUACCACGACUUUCGAUUAAAAGAUGUUAAAAUGUUGGAUGUUCAAGGUGACGUUAGCGAUAUUACCGUUGAGCAGAAGUUUGUUCAACAGUAUCCAAAACGUACAGCCAGAUCUUUACACUUCGAGCAUUUGUCCAAACGUGAAGAGUACCCAGAUCGAUCUGAGUCAUCAGACAUUGAUGAAUUCGAGGAGCCGUCAGACACCAAUAUGAUAUCAUCCGCUCAGGAAUGCUCAAUCGAAAAAUAUCUUCCCGUUCCCUACUAUGCGAGCUUCGAUAAGAAAUUUUUUGCGCACGGUUUCCGGGCAACGAUAACUGGUCGUGCCCGUAGGAUCGAUUCAUAUUUUGCGGUUGUCUUUCAAACGGGCACACAAGACUGGCCAUACCCGGAAUGGUGUUUCCGAGUUAUGUUUCAAUAUUACUGCAGUCAAUGUGGCACAAGUGCUCCCGUCGAUGUCGAUGAAGACGAGGAGCCUGUGGAUGUACAGAUUAACUCUGAAAUUCGCCUAACCAUAAAACGGGGACGCGAUGACUAUCGGAGUACCUUCAAUGGAAGAUCAUUGCGGUCAAGGCCUUUCAAGUCGGAUCCUGAGUCCGUUGAUACAAUUUUAAUCUUUGGUGACAUUCGUUUACUGGAUCUUGAAAUUGAAGAUUAAUAGAGACU